AUGAAGCGAAAGGCCGAGAAGCAACAAUCCGCCGCUCCAGUCAGCGCCAUGAGCGCUGUCGCGGCGCGCAGAGCUCGGCAGCAACAAGCGCAAGCUGCGACCAUCGUGAAGCCCGAUGUCGUUGUCGAGAUUACCACGGAGCCCCCUUCAAAACGACCCCGCCGGUCUCUUGAAGGGCAACAGAUUACCCACAAUUGCGAAGAAUCUAAAGGUCGCCGCACGAGGUCAUCAACCAAGCAAGAGGAAUCGUCGCCUCCAGUGACAAGGGCUGGACGGCCAAAGAAGACUCUGAAAUCGGACCAAUUGGAAUCACCAUCCAACGGGGUGGUUGAAGAGAAUGAAGAUUCAGACCAGGAAGAACUCGAGCAAGAACAAAGAGAAGACGACGAGGAAAUGGCAGAAGACGAGGUUGCGUCUGUUAUUGGAGACGCUGAUGGAUAUGAAUCGCCUGCAGACACUCCCGCAGAGCUUCAAAAUUUCCCAUUGUCCAAGGCACGGCUCAACAAGAGCAAUAUCAUUUACGCAGAUGACGAUACCAUGUGUGUUCGCAUCAAAGAGAAGACGAAUUUGGCCUUGUUGGGACAGUAUGACUUAUGGGUUAAAAGAGGAGUUGUGAGCCUCAUGGGUGCUAAGCUGCACCCUUCUGCCCGAGUAUAUAGGGUCUAUGCUCCUUCGACUCACUCCUUGCCCGUGGUCAAAUGUGUUUCUGGGGUAGAUGGCGAGGCAGAGGUUGAAAUUAGGUCAUGUAAAAGCGGCCUUAUUCGCCUACGUGAUAUCUCGCCCCUCUAUCAGAAGGUUUGGAAUGAGGGAAAUACCGCUGCAGAUAAACUCACCUUGAAGAGCGCACUCAAAAAUUCACGAAGAACCUUCUCGGUGCUGUAUACCUCUGCCGACGAUUCUCUGAAAAGACAUUUGCGACCUCUUCAUCUCGACAAAAAGUGGAGUGCAUCGAUGAAAGCGCUCUCCCAAAGACAUGGUCAACUGCGUGUCCUGGUUUGUGGUCCAAAGGCCUCAGGAAAAUCAACUUUCAGUCGCUACCUACUGAACCACGUCCUCAGUCCGGCCCCUGAGACUGAAAAUGGAUACAUUAAUACCGACGGCUGUGCGUUCCUUGACUUGGAUCCUGGUCAGCCCGAGUUCGCACCCAUGGGGCAGGUCUACCUUGCACAUUUGCGGGCUCCUUUCUUUGGACCUCCCUUCACCCACCCCUCCCUUGAUGACUCUCGUGAUGGCCAGAUCUUGCGAGCUCAUCACAUCGGGGCAACCUCGCCUAAGGAAGACCCGGACCAUUAUGCUCUAGCUACAAUGGACCUGAUGGAGCAAUAUCGGUCCUUGCUCACGAGGUACCCUCAAUGCCCGUUGAUUGUCAACUAUCCCGGCUGGAUUUUUGGCCAGGGACUAGAAGUGGCAACAUGGCUGAUCAAGUCUCUCGGUCUAUCCGAUGUUGUGUACAUGAGUGAGAAGGGUCCUGUCGAAGUUGUGGAGCCUCUGAACAUGGCUGCCAACGAGGCUCGGAUCCCGAUGACUAUUCUGCCAUCCCAGCCUACGGACUUUGUGAGCCGAUCAAGCGCCCAACUGCGCUCAAUGCAAAUUCAAUCUUACUUCCACCUGUCCCACCCUAGUGGGCUUACAAAUCCGCUUUGGUCGGGUGCACCCCUCUCUCGCACGAGGCCUAUCACUGUGGAUUACGCGGGUGAGAAGCAGGGUAUCCUAGGCAUCAUGGUCUUGGGAUCCCACAUCAGCCCUGCAAUGCUUCGAGAGGUCCUCGAGGGAGCCAUUGUCGGAGUUGUUGCAGUUGAAUCUCCAAAUGCGAUCAUGGCCACAGCUACUGGUUCAACUGAUGAACCGGUUGAUGAUGAUAACGAAGGUGAUAUUGAUGCAGAUGAAGAUGUUGAGAUGGGCUCGGGCGAACAGCAAGUCGAUGGCGCUGCUUCUGGGUCCAUAGCCGACGGUAUCUUAAGAACCCCCGAGGAAGACCUUCCCUACCUUUGCGUCGGUGCAGGAACCUCCGUCCCUCUGAACCCCAGUGCCUCAAACUGCCUUGGCUUGGCUUUGAUCCGAUCUGUGGAUGUUAAGUCGCGCAAGCUGGAGCUCUCCACUCCUAUUCCUUCAUCACGCCUGCAUGACGCUAUUGAGCAAGGUCAUGAGCUUGUCCUGGUCCGUGGUCAGCUGGAUAACCCGAACUGGGCUGUUAGCGAGGAAUAUUACUCAGCACGAGCUGCCGAGAGGCGCUAUCAGAAGUCGAUUGCCCGGGGAAAGAAGAGUAGUCAUUCUGCAGUCGGACAGGACAAACAGAACGAAACACUCGCUAUACUCCGCGAGCGAAUCCGUCGUGCAAGUAAUGUGCCGUGGAUGACGGUGGUGGAGGACAAUAGCCGCCGCCAUCGCGAGGCUGUGGCGCGGCGCGAGAAGUCCCUGUGGAGACUGAGGAAGAAGGCGUAUCCAGCUAGCGAGAGUGAAACUGACUGGUAG